AUGCCUUUCACCCGUACAUUGUCAGUCGUCGGAUGCCACGCUGAAGGCGAAGUCGGCGAUGUGAUCAUCGGCGGCGUCCUCGAUGUCCCAGGCAACACAAUGUACGAUAAACUAGUUCACUUCCUGAACGAGAAAGACGAUAUACAUCGGCUCUUACUCAACGAACCUCGAGGCCGAUCCUCAAUGAACACGAACUUGAUCCUACCCCCUUGUGAUCCACACGCCGACGCCGGGUUCCUGAUCAUGGAAAGCGAGGAAUACGCCCCCAUGUCCGGAUCCAACACUAUCUGCACCACCACAGUGCUAUUGGAGACAGGCAUGGUUCCUAUGAAAGAACCUCUCACUCAAUUGAACCUAGACACAGCUGCCGGGCUGGUCACCGUAAGAGCAGAAUGCGAAGCGGGGAAAUGCAAGCGCGUGGCAUUCGACAAUGUACCCGCCUUUGUGUUCAGACUCGGCUACCAAGUCCUUGUCCACGGGAUUGGCGAGAUCUUCGUCGAUAUUGCCUGGGAGGAAUGGUGUACGUGCUUGUGGAUGCUGCCUCCGUCGGGCUCGAGAUCAAGUCCGAGUAUAGCACGCUCCUACACCCCUGUUCAUCCGGACAAUCCUAGAAUCAGAGGAGUCGCUAUCCUGGAGUUCACGGGGCCUCUUGUAGAAGAGGGUGGUUGCAAGGCUGCUCUCAACACUGUCGUCGUAUGA